AUGGAUUUUCGUCUUGAGCAACUCAAUUCUGGACCCGAUGGUGCUCACAUUCUCGCCUCUUGGAUCGGCAUGCUCUUCUCCCUGUCCAUCGACGUCGACUCCAUACCCGCCCACUCCGCCCACGACACGCCCUCGCAGCGAAUGUGCCGUCUUGUACAGUGCCUACGAGCUCCCGAUAUUACCGACGACGAAUACGAUGCGGUAUCGCAGGAUCUCUUCCAGCGCAUCAUCCGCGCGGGCGACCAGCUGCUCCGCGAAAUCGUCAUUCACUACCGCACCCGUCCCGUGUCGCCGCGCCUCGACGACCAUCUCUUUCUCCCGAUUCCCCUCUUAUGCAUGGUCGACUCUGACGACUACGACUCUGACGACUCUGACGACUCUGACAGUAUUCAUAGCGACGGCAGAGGUGGGAGCGCGGGCCGACUGGGUUUUGCGAGCCGUCUCAGCAAGUACUUUCCCCAAGAGGUCAAGCACGCACAUCCAGGCGCCGACAUUCUGCCCUUUGACAUUGACCCGGACCUGCCCGACUACCACGUCGACCAAGUCCACGUCCUGGAGACGCUGGUGCACGAUCCGCUCGUGGACCACGUUGCCUGCCGGGUGCUCGUCGACGGCGAGCAGCUCUUUUGCAAGGCCGAGCGCGGCGGCGUCGCCUUUGGCGACUCGGUCGUGGGCCGCGACUUUCGCACCAUGCUCGAGCUGCGCGCCGCUCUCGGCAACCACCUCAGGCAGCAGCAGCAGCAGCAGCAGCCAGAUCAACACGGCGAGGAAGCGGAAACGGCGGAGACGGCGGAGACGGCGGCGGAGAAGCAGCAGCAGCGGCUGCGCGUGCCAAGCCUGCGCGGCGUCCUCCGUCACCCGACAGAAGGUCACGUCAUCGGCUUCCUCCGCGACUGGGUGCCCGGCGCGAGCCUCAACUCGUACGAAAUGGCCGAACUGCCCGCGGAGCUGCGCGGCGAGUGGGACGCCAAGGUGGCCCGGACGCUGGCGGAGCUGCACCGGCUCGGCGUCUACUGGGGCGCGGCGGAGAAUGAGAGCGUCAUCAUCGAUCCGCACGGCGAGCCCUGGCUGGUGGACUUUGGCGCCAAGGUCAACCUGGGCCUGAAGCGCGAGGAAGGGGACCGUGAAGAGGGCGACUGGCUCGACUACGACUCCAUCUAUCAUUAUCUGGAAGUGAGAGACGAGGCAGCCGUGUCUGACGGUGGUUCGGAUAAAGGUGAUUUUGAGAUUGACGUGGUGCUGGGAGAGAAACUACGACUUUGGAAUUUACACACAUGGAAAUGA